AUGGAAUUUGUGGAACGUACAAUGCAGAAAAAUAAAGACAUCGUCGGUGUUCUUUUCAUCAUGACAAUUGAUCCAAAUACAAUAUCGGCGGCAACUACUCCAUUUGCACUUAUCGACGAAUACAGUGCUAUUGAAACUGAAAAAGAAAUCCUACUUUCAAUGCAUACUGUUUUUCGUGUCGAUGAUAUCAAACAAUCAGUUAGCAAUAGUCGUCUGUGGGAAGUUCAACUGAGUCUCACCGGCGACAAUGAUCCACAAUUAGCUACUCUUACUAAAACCAUACAAAAGGACCUCUGUGGAUCCACCGGAUGGCAUCGAAUGGGAGAUUUGAUGAUCAAAGUGGGCCACUACAAUCAAGCUGAAGAACUCUACAAUGGAUUACUGAAGAACGCUUCCAGUGACAGUGAUAGAGCAUUUAUCUACCACCAGCUUGGAUUCUUAAAAGACAGUAAAGGACAAUACCAAGAAGCAGUCUCAUUUUACGAAAAAGCACUUAAAAUAAGAGAAAAAGCUCUGUCUCUGAAUCAUCCCUCAUUGGCUAUUUCCUACAACAACAUCGGUCAAGUGUAUAACAACAUGGGUGACUACUCAAAAGCACUUGAAUUUUACGAAAAAGAUCUUGAAAUCACGAAAAAAGCUCUGCCUCCGAAUCAUCCCUCAUUGGCUACUUCCUACAACAACAUCGGUGGAGUGUAUAACAACAUGGGUGACUACUCGAAAGCACUUGAAUUUUACGAAAAAGCACAUAAAAUCUACGAAAAAGCUCUGCCUCCAAAUCAUCCCGAUUUGGCUACUUCCUACAACAACAUCGGUGGAGUGUAUGAUGACAUGGGUGACUACUUGAAAGCACUUGAAUUUUACGAAAAAUCACAUCAAAUCUACGAAAAAGCUCUGCCUCCGAAUCAUCCCUCAUUGGCUCCUUCCUACAGCAACAUCGGUCAAGUGUAUUACCACAUGGGUGACUACUCGAAAGCACUUGAAUUUUACGAAAAAGCACAUAAAAUAAAAGAAAAAGCUCUACCUCCAAAUCAUCCCUCAUUGGCUACUUCCUACAACAAUAUCGUUUUAGCAGUAUUAGACUUAGUUGUAUAUCAUAUUAUUGUUGAUAGUAUUCAACAUGAAGGUGAUUAA